AUGAAAAGUUUUCUAUCUAAAAUCCAAAAGUGCAAAAAUUUAGUCAGCCAGAACUAAUAUAAAAUUAGCGUCAAUGCAUAGAAUUUGAACUAGGUCUUGUCUGAAAAAGAUCCUGAAGUAUUUGAUAUUAUUCAUAAAGAAGGUCGUAGAUAAAUUGAAGGUAUUAAUCUAAUUGCAUCAGAAAAUCAUUGCUCAAAAGCCGUUUUGGAUGCUCUUGGCACAUGCAUGAACUAAAAAUAUAGCGAAGGAUUACCUGGAAAGAGAUUCCAAGUAGGAAAUUAACAUAUCGAUGAGAACGAAUUAUUAUGCUAACAAAGAGCUUUAGAAACAUUUAGAUUAAAUCCUGAAGAAUGGGGUGUCACAGUUCAACCCUACUCAGGAGCUAUUUCUAAUUUUAUUGUUUACACAGGUUUGCUUUAGCCUCACGAUAGAAUCAUGGGUCUUGAUCUUCCUCAUGGUGGUCACCUUUCUCAUGGUUACCAAACAAGAGCUAGAAAAGUUUCUUAUGUUUCUUCAUUCUUCGAAGUUAAUCCUUACCGCUUAAAUGAAAAAACAGGCUUAAUUGAUUAUGAUAGAUUGGAAGAAAAUGCUAAGAUUUACAACCCUAAGGUUAUUAUUGCAGGAGCUAGUGCUUAUGCUCGUUUGAUAGAUUACAAAAGAAUUGCUUCAGUUGCUGAAGAAUGUGGUGCUUAUCUUUUAGCUGAUAUGGCUCACUUGUCUGGUCUUGUAGCUGCAAAUGUUAUUCCCUCUCCUUUCGAUCACUGUGAUUUAGUCUCAACCACUACCCACAAAAGUUUAAGAGGUCCAAGAGGUGCUUUAGUCUUCUAUAGAAGAGGAGUUAAAAAGGUAGAUAAAAAGGGUAACAAAAUUAUGUAUGACAUAGAAAAUAAAAUUAACAAGGCUGUUUACCCUAUGCUCCAAGGAGGUCCUCAUUAACAUUCUAUUGCUGCUAUCAGUUUAGCAUUAAAGUAAGCUUAAACUCCCUAAUACAAAGAAUACCAAACUUAGGUUCUCUAGAACUCUAAGGCUAUGGCAGAAUCCCUUUUAAAAAGAAACUAUACCUUGGUAUCAGGAGGUACUGAUAAUCACUUAGUAUUAUUGGACUUAAGAAGUAAAAAUUUAGAUGGCGCUAGAAUGGAAACUCUUUUGGAAUUAGUUAAUAUCUAUGUCAAUAAAAAUACAGUUCCAGGUGAUAAGAGUGCUCUUAUUCCUAGUGGUUUGAGAUUAGGAACACCUGCUUUAACAACAAGAGGCUUAGUAGAAAAGGAUAUUGACUAAGUUGUUGAAUUUAUUGACAGAGCUACUCAUCUCGUUCCUUAAAUUUCUAAAUAAAGUGGAAGCAAAGUUGCUGAGUUUAAAUCAUGGAUCUAAGCUAACAGCGAAAGUGUUCCUGAGCUUGUUUCUCUCAGAAAUGAAGUUAUUUAAUUCUCUAAGUAAUUCUAAGUCCCUGCUAUCGACUGGUGA